AAAAUUUUACAUACAUUAUUAUUCAAGACAAAGGUACAAUGUCCAAAGAAAUAAUCCAAAUCGGAUCACUAUAACAUAUAGCUGCCAUACACACUGUCCGCUCAAAAGUAAGAUUUUCUACAUAUGUAGGGCAUUAUAGCUUCGGUGCAAACGGUUAUUCUUAUUACAUAUCAUUUUGCUAAUAACCUACGAUCACUUUGUGUUUUAGCAACAGUUUAGCAACUGAAUUUGAUGAGUAAGGCGGCCUUUCGACUGCUCGUAUAUUUGUUACUAUUCGUGCCCUGGCGAUAACAACUCCGAAUCAAACGGAUCAUCAAGUGCAAAGUUUGUAAUGUCGCAUCACUUUCAAACACUUUACUCCAUUUUGGCUGCGUUACACUGUCUCACGGCGGCCAAAUAUGUGUCGGGCAUUUCCUACAUAGAUGAUGUACAACUUUCGCAUGAAAAUGGCACUUGGCAAUGCGAUCGCAUAACUUGUGAACAUGCUAUCCAUGGCUGUAAGAUUUGGAUACGUAAUAACCCGGAGGACGAAAAUGAGUUGAUACGUUCAAGUGCCUGCUAUACAGAAGAUGGCACCGCUACUCGGCAGCUUAGCCAAGCACAACGCAUGCCGAAACCAAAAACUGUCAAUAUUGAUAUAGAUUCUUAUAUUGGCGCGCAAUCGAUAUAUACAACGGGCUACAGCUUGAGCUGGCAGGAAGUGAAGGGCACCGUAGCCGCUGAGGAUUGGGCUAGUGUGCAGCAGACCACCAGAGAUAAUAUGAAAGCAGUCGAUGAGUCCAAUAGCUCUUCGUAGAUGUGCUGAUACCAGCUGCGGGUAAAUUGACAUGCAAGCAACAACAGCAAUGUAAUCAAGAUAAGGAGAAUAAUGUUAUUAAGCGCAUGCAAUUUAUGUUAAUUUAAUUUAGCUGAAAAAAAUAUAAAAUUCAUGAACAUGUA